AAGGUUUUGCCUGCACAGCACAUACUGAUUUGAAUCUGUAGCCAGUCACUGUAAUUUAACUAGUACCCAGUGCGGCAAAGGCCCUUCACUUCCAGAUCAAGCUCCUGACUCCUGACGCUGUUAAUGAUGGAGGGGAACACUGAAUGCACAAAAGAGCAGCUGCCAUUCACGUUGAGGAGAUUCCAUAUUUCUGAAGAUUAUGGCUUCCUCCUUCCAAAUCCACUGAAAGAUCUUCCUCCUUUCUAUAGCCCUUGGAUGGAGAUCGCUCACAGCUUGCCUCACCUUAUUGAGAACCAUCAACUUCGCUCACAAGUGAACAAGAUGCCUCUGCUAAGCAGCCAGUAUCUCAAAGGACACAGAGAACUGUAUCUAGCCCACUUGGUCCUCAGCUACAUCACAAUGGGCUACGUUUGGCAGGAUGGUGAAAAAGGGACUGCAAAGGUCUUGCCACAAAACCUUGCCAUCCCCUUCGUGGAGAUUUCUCGGGUGUUAGGAUUACCUCCAAUCCUGGUUCAUGCAGAUUUUGUUUUAGUAAACUGGAAGAAAAGGAAUCCUUGUGGGCCUCUAGAAAUUGAGAAUCUGGAACCCAUCAUUUGCUUGCCUGGUGGAGCAAGCCUCAGGGGCUUCAUUCUCGUCACUUUUCUGGUUGAGAAAGCUGCUGCACCUGGGAUCAAGGCAGUGUCACAGGUGGUUAAUGGCAUGCUUCAGCCUGACAAUAGAAUCCUGGAAGAAGCACUGCAGGAUGUGGCAAGCAGUCUCAAAGACAUGGCCAGGGUGUUGAAGAAAAUGCAUGAUUAUGUGGAUCCUGCAAUAUUCUACAGUGUGAUACGGAUCUUCUUUUCUGGUUGGAAGGACAAUCCUGCCCUGCCAGAAGGGCUGAUCUAUGAGGGUAUCUCUGACAAGCCUCUGGUGUACUCUGGGGGGAGUGCAGCACAAAGCACCACACUACACACCUUUGACGAACUUCUUGGAAUCCAGCAUUGUAGAGAAAGCACCACAUUUUUGCACAGAAUGAGGGAGUACAUGCCCCCUCACCAUCAGGCCUUCAUUGAGGAAAUCCAAUCCCUUCCCCCACUGAGGAGUCAUGUGCUGUCCUCUGGCAAGGAGAAGCUCUGUUCUGCAUAUAACAUGUGUGUGGCAGCCCUUUCUGACUUGAGGACCUACCACAUUGCCAUGGUUACCAAGUACAUCAUUUCAGCAGCUCGCAACGCCAAAGCGAAGCCAAGUGAAUCCACUUUUCCAAACCCGCCAUCUUUCCUGGAAGAGAGAGGGACAGGUGGCUCCGGGGUGCUGAGCUUUCUCAAAAGUGUCCGAAACACGACAAAAGAAGCAAUUAUAACUUUUUAAAAGCUUGCACUUUUUCUGCGUUGGGGG